CAGCUAAAAACGGGGCUGUUAUAGUACUGACAAUAUCACAAAAGAAAACUUAAAAAGAUAAAAUUUUAAAAUUUAUAUUUAAUUGACAUAUUUAUUUAUGGCAAACAAUUAUGAAAUACCAUCUUGGGCUGGAAAACCUCCUACUGGUCUUCAUUUGGACGUUCUUAAAGAAGAUAAACUGGUACAAAAACUAAUGGUUGACGAAAAGAAAUGCUAUUUGUUUGGACGAAAUGCACAAAUGAAUGAUUUCUGUAUAGAUCACGCUUCAUGUUCUCGCGUGCACGCUGCUUUUGUUUAUCAUAAGCAUUUAAACAUUGCCUAUUUAGUGGACUUGGGUUCAACUCACGGGACUUUUAUAGGAACAUUACGAAUUGAACCAAACAAACCUACACAAUUGCAUGUUAACAGUACAUUUCAUUUUGGUGCUUCUACCAGGCGCUACAUUUUACGUGAAAGACCUUCGGCAGGUCAACGUAGUAACAUUAUGGAGGACAUACCAAUGAAUGAUGCUAAUGAAGGCGCGCUCUUAGGUUUGCCAGAGAGUCAAACAGAAUUGGAUAAUUUAACGGAAUAUAAUACGGCACACAAUCGAAGAAUCUCUAUGCUAGGCAUAACUGACGAUAAUAUAAGAAAGACUAAGUCACGUAAACGUCGUUGUGUUAUUUUUAAUGAUGAGGAAAUCAUUAUUAAUCCCGAAGAUAUAGAUCCAAACGUCGGGCGUUUUCGUAAUCUUGUACAGACAACAGUAAUUCCUAUUAAGCGCGCACGUUAUGAAGGCUUGCAAAUGGGUUUAACCACGCCUACGCAACAUAUCGCAUUAACCUCCAUGCAGGACCAUAUAAAAAAUUUACAAAACGCGAUUUCUUCCACUAGUACCACUUCUGCUUCACCGUCUUUGUACCAAGGACUACCAGCUGCUACCCAUGACGGUCAUAUACAGCACGUCGGCAAUGACUUUACUUUGGCAAGCCCACUGGCAUUAGGUUCGAAAUUAGGUUUAUUAUUACCGAAUCCAGCACCUGAUGUGACGCCUGUUGAGGCAUCUUCUGUGUCGCCCAUAAAUACACCAGCCUUAACUCGGAAAAUAGCUUCGGCAAACGUACGGUAUGACGGAUCAAUACAUACAGAAACAAACGACGAACCUCAGAAAAAGAAAUACGCUAAAGAAGCUUGGCCUGGCCGCAAACCGAUGUUGGGAACGCUUUAAACUUAAAACUCCUUGCAAAUAGUUUUUAGUUAGUUU